AUGCCGUUCGUGCUUCGAUCCGUGCCUCCGUUGAGGAUCACCGGCCGUUUGCCGGAAUCGUCCUCUGGUUCAAGCGGGCGAGCCUCGCGCGACCACGCCCACGUGCUGUACCGUUGUCAGACGGCGCUGGUCAGCCUCAUGCUUCAACUGGACGUGCUCAGUCGCCACGCCGAGUCGGUGAUGAUGGCCGUCAACGACGAACUGUACGUUAGCACUCGCAGAGCCGACGCACUGUGCAUCCGAGUCCAGCAGUUGCAGACCAGCAUGUGCCAAAUGAUGACGCGAUCGUCGUGCUCAUCCGUCGUCAAGCGACGUAAGUGUAUGAUUUGCUGUCGCUUACGCGUAAUGACCGCUAUUCACCGGCGUUUAUACGCAGGAGUCACCGGCGACCUCACCGGCGACCUGAGCCGCGCUAUCCGCGCCGUGAAGCACUUCUCCAGCGCCAACGUGAGGGACGCGGACGCGUGCCUCGGCGACGGCGACCUCUUCCUGCCGUCUACCCGUCCAGCCGAAGUUCAGGUUUUGCACGACUCAGUCGGUGACUAUGACCGGGCUGCCGCCGUUUCGCAGUUCUUGAGCGUUUCCACCAGCAGUUGCUGUACGCACACCGGCACCAUCGCUUCACAACCUCAAAACGGACUGCUUGCCGACAUCUCCAAUGGCGUCAUUUCCUGUUUCGAUUGUCAGGUUUGUUCAGAAUCUCACUCGAUCCUGAUUCUGUAA